ACUGUUUGCAAUUUUUUGGCUGCCUCUGCACAUGAACUGCUUGCUAUUUUGUAGUCAAAACUGUAUUCCCGUGUUACGUCAGGGCGGCUGUCUGCAAGCUCAGAGGAAGCCGGGUGAUCCAGGAGCACAAUGAUCCUGAACACUGAUGUAACUAUGCAGUUCCUUGGCCGCCUGUUGGACACAGUCUCCUCCGUGUCCACCCUCUUCACCAACCCCUACCGAGUCCGAGAUGUGCCACUGUCCGACUAUGGUGGAGGAGGAAGAGUGUUGUUGCGAGAGGAGGGACGCAUGUACCUGUACAGAAACACCCAGUGUCAGUCAUGGGACUGUUUGCUAAUGUGCCCUGAGACGCCAACCAUGGCUCUGAGACUUUUUCAGGUGGCAUCAGAGGAGGAUGCUAUGAACUGGUUCCCACAGUAUGCCCUUAAACUUCGUCCCUUCUAUGAGACGCUUCCUCUGAAGGCAGAGACCACUCAGCCAAUUGUGGACUGCAUCCGUAACCACCCGGACUGGAGUUCGGGUCACAUUGCUGUGGAAACAGGCCUGAGAAUGUGUCUUAAACAUAACUAUGUUCAGAGUCAGAUCAAUGCUCGGGACGCGUCGGGUCAGACUCCGCUGCAUCUGGCAUGUGAGCGUGGUGACGUGGUGUGUGUGAAGGAGCUGUUGGAGGAAAGCCAGGCUCGCACUGACAUCAAAGACCGCAACGGGGAAACGCCCAUGCACAGUGCCGCCAAGCAGGACUCGCCUGCUGUCAUCCAGGUCCUGUGCUCACGACUUUGCUCGGGGGUGAACGAGGUGAACAGUACUGGGGAGACGCCGCUCCACGUGGCCUGUCGUUUGGGACGUGUGGGGACUGUCAAAGCUCUGUUGGAUGGUGGGGCCAAGUGUGAUGUCAUCGGCAGUAGUGGGUACCCCAUCCACAGUGCCAUGAAGUACAGCGAGAAGGGCUGCGUGGAGGAGAUCCUUAAGGCAGAUCCAAACCAGCUUCAUGCUCAGGAUGCAUUGUAUGGAGGGACACCCCUCCACUGGUCCAAAACCGCUGAGCUGUGUCGUGUACUGCUGGAGCAAGGCUGCUCAGUCAACUACCUCAGUAACACUGGGGAGAGUGCCCUUCACAUUCUGACCAAGAGGGGCCGUUUUGAUGCGGCCAUGGUGCUGCUCACCCACGGGGCCAACGCCAACCUGAAGGGACAAGACGGCAACACAGCCCUGCACCUGGCUAUGAAGAUGGACCAUAUAGAGCUGAUCAAAGCUCUGAUUGUGUUUGGUGCUGAUGUGGAGAUUCACAACGACCUGGGAGAGACACCUGGACUCAUUGCAGCUCGCACCAGCAAAGGUCCUAACAGAAAGAUACUGCUGGACAUGCUGUGUAGUGUAGGGGUUCAGCGAUGCCUCCCUCCUUCCCCUGGUAGUCCUCCCCCCAUCAUAAACAACGCCAAGCCUCCAAGCAUAGGCUUUCAGGACAUCAUAUACAUGGGGGCUGCAAUCGGGGCCAUGAGCAGAGGCGCAUCGGAGGUAGAUGGCUAUCAAGUGGGGAGAAAUACGGUGGAUAGAUUGCUGUGUCUGGAUGGUGGAGGUAUAAAAGGCCUGGUAUUGAUCCAGAUGCUGAUUGCUCUGGAGAAAGAGGCUGGUCGUCCCAUCAGAGAGCUUUUCGACUGGGUGGCUGGCACGAGCACGGGGGGCAUCCUGGCACUUGCUGUAGUCCAUGGCAAGUCCAUGGAGUAUCUGCGCUGCCUGUACUUCAGGAUGAAGGAGCAGGUGUUCAGAGGGUCACGACCCUAUGAAUCUGCACCCCUGGAGGACUUCCUGAAGAAAGAGUUUGGAGAGAACACCAGGAUGUCAGAUGUCCAAUACCCCAGGGUGAUGGUAACUAGUGUUCUGGCAGACAGACACCCAGGGGAGCUGCACAUUUUCAGGAACUACAACCCUCCCUCCAUCCAGAGAGUGCCCCCAUAUGCAACCACAGCCACGUUCAAGCCGCUCACUGUCCCUGAAGGAUGGGAGGAUGAGGAUGUAUUGGUAGUAGGAUACACAGAGGAGCCACCCAGAAAGCGUAGGAAGGUGACAGAUGAAGAGCAACUUGUGUGGCGAGCCGCUCGCUCCAGUGGUGCUGCUCCCACCUACUUCCGACCCAUGGGACGCUUUCUGGACGGCGGGCUGCUGGCCAAUAACCCAACGCUGGAUGCCAUGGCAGAAAUCCAUCAGUACAACAAAUCUUUAAAAGCAGAGGGCCGUGGGGUGGAGCUUAAGAGGCUGGGUAUAGUAGUCUCCCUUGGUACAGGUAAACCUCCUCAGGUAGCAGUGAGUUCUGUGGAUGUCUUCCGUCCUUCCAACCCCCUGGAGCUUGCCAAGAGCAUCAUAGGAGCAAAGGAGCUGGGGAAGAUGCUGGUGGACUGCUGUACAGACUCUGAUGGCUGUGCUGUAGAAAGAGCUCAAGCUUGGUGUGACAUGAUCGACACCAUCUAUCACAGGUUGAGCCCCCAGCUAUCACAGGAGGUGAUGCUGGAUGAGGUGAGUGAUGCAAUCCUGGUGAACAUGCUGUGGGAGACUCAGAUGUACCUUUAUGAGAAGAGGGAUGUCCUCCAGUCCCUGGCGAAGUUGCUCCUGGAAAACUGAAGGAACAAAGAAAUCAAGAUGGAAUCGUAAGAACAGGGACCAUAUGAGCAUAAUAAGAGUGACCAGUCUCCUGCCUCUUUUUAAGAAGCCUCCCCUGAUGUAACGUGACCACAGUGACAGAGUCUACAAUGAAAUGUUUUCACAGUGGCAAAUGUGUGAAAUAAGACUGACGCAAAACUCAGUAAAUGAAAUCCAUUUAAAGGCAAAUUAUGUAGCAUGAUGUGACCUCAUCACUUCAUUGCUUUGUGUAAGCCAGUGAGGAACUGUUGAGAAUUCACCCGCAUCAAACAAGAAGUGGCUCACACACUGAUUGUGCAAGCCAA